CAAUGGAAAAGGUGUUUUCAAGCUUUUAAGCUGGAAUUUCUGCGUGUGUGUGUGGAAAAUAUGUUUACAAAUAAGAAAUUGGGCGACUGAGGAAAGAGAAAUAAAUGCGCUGUGAGCUUUACAGAGUGGACUGAGCUUUUAAUUUAAUUCCAUAUUGAGGAUUGGGAGAUUGAGGUGUUUUUGGUCUCGUGACUGGAUCAUUCCUUUGCCUGAUAUAAAAGUGGAAGUAAAUUGAAUCAGUUAAUGAUUCCUGUUUUUCAUUUUUUCACUCAAAAGUAUUGAUGAUGGUUUCGUCCGAUCGGCUGUUCAACAGGCAAAGAACUGUUCAUCAGAUUCUCGGCGGAGGUCUCGUUGCAGAUGUAAUUCUAUGGAGACGGAAGGAUCUGACUGUUCGAAUUUUAGUGGUGACUUUGGCUGCUUGGGUGGUUUUCGAGAUAUCAGGUUACACUCUUCUGUCACUGUUUUCAAGUGUGUUCCUGCUCCUCUUCACCAUUCUGUUUCUGUGGGCAAAAUCUGCAGCAAUUUUGAACAGACCACCUCCGCCUCUACCACAUUUGUAUCUCUCGGAAGAACUUGUAAAUGAAGCAGCUACCAUUAUUCGCAGCCAUGUAAACAAUGUGCUCUUAGUGUCACAAGAUAUUGCCCAUGGAAGGGACUCGAAGAUGUUCAUCACAGCAGCUCUUGGUCUUUUGGCAACAUCGAUUCUCGGAAGCCUCACCGAUCUCCUUACCUUGGGCUACAUUAGUCUUGUCAUUGUUCUUACAAUCCCGGCACUGUACGAAAAAUUUGAAGAUCGAAUCGAAACAUUCGCAACAUCUUGGUAUAGAAAAAUGAGGCAUCUCUUGGUGGGCUUGGAUAUGAAGGUUCAUAAAUGGAUAUUAGAGAUGAAGAAACUGCAGUGAUGGUUAGAAAUUCUUUAACCCUCCUUUAAAUCUGUUCUUUACAUUUGCUUGCCUGAAUCUGAUUUUUUUUUUUUUUUUUUUAAUUAUUAAAUAUUUUUGGUUUUAUUAUUCCUAAUGUUCUUACUCUUAAUAAUUAUUUUUGUUUUUCUUGAAUGAAAAGGGUAUAGCACAAAAAGUGGU